AUGCACGUGCAUUUGUCUCCAGGCUCAGCUGAUCUCGGGGAACCCAGAGAAUUUGUCGGUCAAGCUGGAGGCUCCUUGGACGUGAUCUGUGACUAUAACAUCGAGUAUAAGUGGCACCGGAAGUGUUGGUGCCGAUACGUGCCCCAGAGCAUCCGUUGGAACCGUCUAGAAACCACUGAAGCAGAACAGGUGAUGAGGAGUGACCAGGUGACCAUCAGGGAUGACCAGAGUCAGAACAGGCUCACCUUGACCAUGAAGCAGCUCAGGGAUGAUGACACAGGCACAUACUUGUGUGGGAUUCAGGCGGAUACAUUUUCUCUGGUGUUCCCCAUCAGAGUGACCAUCAGCCCAGCUCCGACAUCAGCUCUGACCACCACCUCAAUGUCCACCACGACCACCGUGACUACCGACACACCCACGACAACGGCCACCACAGAAGAGAUCACAGACGCCCUGAGUGUGACCAGAACCCUCUCCAACACCACGUCCCUGCUCAGCAUCAUCCACUUCCUGCUCCCGGCCUUCCUAAAGGUUCUCCUGCUGCUGGUCCUGAUGGGGGCCAUCGCUCAGCUGCUCUCAGGGGACCCCAAGAAGUUGUUGGUGAAGCUGGAAGAUCCUUGA